GCCAAGAAACCUAGAGGGACCGCGGUCCACAUUCCCAUCGUCACGGCCACAUCCCGCUAUGUUUUUUAAUUCAUUCCCAAAAUCCCACUGCCCGUUCGUUGCUCGCUUCCUCGUGUAAGCCAGAGAAAACCCCGCCCCUCCCCUCCGCUCUUCUUUCCACGGUGCCCCGCAACGAGGCCCCAACGCCGUUUCGCCGACCACUCUCCCCUCCGCCAUUACGACGAUCUCAUCCAUCUCUACGUACUGAGAAGACCACUCCAUCCGUCCAGGGAUCGAUGAUUGGCCCGCGCCGUUAAUGCCGUGGGCUUUUGAUUCGACGGCCUGGAGGCUAGGGUUUGAUCUUGAUCGAGAUGGGCGUGGGAAUGGCGAGGAAGUUUGAUCCCCGCGGCUUCUUCUUGUUUUCCGCGAGGAAGCGGCUCCGCCCCACUGGGGCCAUCCCUCGCUCGGUGCUGUGCGGGUCGAUGCUCUUCGCCCUCGGCCUCAUCUCGCUCUUUAGCGGCCAGAUCGCCGCCGACCUCGAGUGGUCGCGCCUCCGGGGACGGUGGCGAUCCAAGAAGGAUCGCAAUGAACCAAUUAAUAUAUGGAAAUCAGAAUAUUCAAAUCUCUACUAUGGUUGUAGCGAUAGAGGUCCUCAUUUCAGAUCUGUGUUACGUGAAAGCAAAUCUAAUGGUUACUUAUUAAUCGCAACAAGUGGAGGACUAAAUCAACAAAGGACAGGGAUAACAGAUGCAGUUGUUGUUGCACGGAUUCUAAAUGCCACUCUCGUUGUUCCUGAGCUGGAUCAUUAUUCUUUCUGGAAAGAUGAUAGUGAGUUCGCCAACAUUUUUGAUGUCAACUGGUUCAUUUCUGCACUUUCAAAAGAUGUCACUAUUGUUAAGAGGAUUCCUGAUAAAGUAAUGCGAUCAAUGGAAAAACCUCCUUAUACUAUGCGCCCUCCAAGGAAAUCAACUCGUGAAUAUUAUCUUUACCAAGUACUGCCAAUUCUCUUGCGGAGGCAUGCUGUGCAGUUGACAAAGUUCGAUUAUAGGCUUACCAACAGACUUGAUGAUGAACUGCAAAAGUUACGCUGCCGUGUGAAUUAUCAUGCACUGAGGUUUACAAAACGUAUCCAAGUACUUGGUCAAAGAUUGGUAAAGAGAAUGCGAAAGAUGAGCUCACGAUUUAUUGCUGUUCACUUAAGGUUUGAACCUGACAUGCUUGCAUUUUCUGGUUGUUAUUAUGGUGGUGGGGAGAGAGAACGCAAUGAACUAAAUGAAAUAAGGAAGCGCUGGGCAACACUACCUGAUCUGAGUGCUGAGGAUGAGCGUAGUCGAGGGAAAUGUCCAUUGACUCCACAUGAAGUUGGUUUAAUGCUAAGGGCUCUUGGUUUUGAAAAUGAUACACACAUUUACAUUGCAUCUGGAGAAAUAUAUGGCGGAGAACAGAGCCUCCAACCUCUUAAAGAUCUUUUUCCAAACCUCCACACAAAGGAGAUGCUUGCUGGAGAUGACUUGAAGCCAUUUCUUCCCUUCUCUUCUCGUCUUGCUGCAAUUGACUACAUUGUCUGUGAUGAGAGUGAUGUGUUUGUCACGAACAAUAAUGGAAACAUGGCCAAGAUUCUUGCUGGCCGCAGGAGGUACAUGGGACAUAAGAGAACCAUACGGCCGAAUGCUAAGAAGCUUAGUUCACUAUUUAAAGCACUGAAACAGAUGGGCUGGGAUACAUUUGCGAGGAAGGUCAAGGCAUGCCAGAGAGGCUUCAUGGGGGAACCAGAUGAGAUGAGGCCAGGACGAGGUGAAUUCCAUGAAUUUCCAUCAUCUUGUAUCUGCCGGAAACCAGAUGAGCCCAAAAUUGGCGAGCAUUCGAAGAAGCCCGCCUAACAGUUACCUCAUCGGGUGCCUGGAUUAAAUAAUAAUUGUGGGAGUUAAGCACCAAAUUGCCGAGCCUGCCUGAGGGUAACACUAAAGAGGUAACAUCUUCAGGGAGAUACCAUGAAAAGAGUCCCCGGCCAAGGAAGCACGGGAAAGGAAGAGGCUGCAUGAAACAUUUCCGCGCGUCUUAGUUGAUGCUAACUUGGUCAACUUAAGUCAAUUUACUUCGCCCUGUUUGUUGAGUCAUCAUUUUCUAACUGGAACAACCAUGCCUGCUCUGAACUUGGCUGGUUUUAGGCUGGGGAAGUUCAGAGAACCACAGGACCAGAUAUCCAUCCGGGGAAUGGAAAUGACUGUAAUUUAUAUAGGCGGUUUCUUUAUUCGCUGUUCAAUGCUUUUUGAGUCAGCCUCAAAGGAGGUCUGUCUGUUAUGUUGCAUGUAAACGCUGAACUAUCGCCAAUUGUAUGGGAUGGCUUUGUUGUAUGUAGGCUAAAUGGGCCUUUAGGUGCCUCAAUUCCAUACGAGUUGCUAAUGUCAGAAGG